AUGACGACGACCUCCGUUCUCUUCCCAAUCAUGAUCACCUUCAUCUUCCUUUUCACCACCAUCACUGCCUCUCAACCCAUUACCUUCCCCACCCUUACCAUCCACACCACCACUGUGUUCUCCAAUAACACUGCCGUUGCCCUUUCGCCGACACCCUCGGCAUAUUACUGUGUGGAGGUCCAAAUUGGACUUCCACGGUUUCCCGUGAAACUGGCUCUAUCUACAUCAAUCCCAACAACCUGGGUGCAGUGGGUUGAAUGCGUAGUCUGUUUGGAUGUCCCCUCCAAAUAUAUGAACUUCAACCCCUCCGAUGGUUUCCAACUUGUUGCCGGGGACGAUGCCAAUUAUUGCGUCCCCCCUGUCGCCAAAACAGCCACAUCGGCAGACCUCUGUUGGUACGACAUUGGCUUCAGCCAAGGGAUUUUGGGGAAUGACACCUUCGUAUUGGUGUCGCCUGCAUCCGUACCCAAUCCACCGCCCUCCGCAUCCAGUCCACCGCCGUCCUUGAAGAUAAACAACUUUAUCUUUGGCCUGGGUAAAAAAAACACCGCCAAUUUCGGCGCGCGCAGUCCGAUAGUCGGACAGCUUGGCCUCGGAAAGGGCCACCCCUCUUCCACCCUCUCACAGCUCAACAUCAGCCGCUUCUCCUACUGCCUUCCGCCCUCCAAUUCCAACCACCAAAACACGACCGCAACCCUUGAGUUCGGCCCCAAAGCCGGACUAACUACUGCUUACUACUACAAUACCCCGAUUGUUGAAGGACCCCCCGACCACCCCUUCGACUAUUACCUUAACCUCACGGUGAUUGCCGUCAACAACGCAUCAGUUUACACACCUUCAGAACAGAGAGGAGGGGAACCAGGAUUUGUCAUUGACGUGGGAGCCACGGUCACCGUCUUGUACAAGGAGGCUUACAUCCCGAUGAAAAACGCUGUGAUGGAAUAUCUUUCCAGUCACUUCGGACUGUACCCGGUUUACCCCUCCCCACCUGAGUACGAUCCCCCAGCUUAUGAGCUCUGUUAUUACAACGAGGAUCUUGAGUCCCUCACCACCCUCACCUACCCGAACAUUUCCUUCCAUUUCGAAGGAGGAGCGGUGUUGCAGCUGCCAGAAUCUCAAGCCUUCCACAACUUUGUGGAUGAGCUUCAAACGUGCUUGGUAAUGAUCCCCAGGACUGGGACAGAGCCAAGCCGGCUGGGUGCACCACAGCAAAGAGGGUGGAGAUUCACAUACGAUCUCCUCCUUUCGGAGCUGUCUUUCGCUCCAAAUGGGUGUUGA